UUCAAACAAUGAAGUUAUUUUCAUUUAUAUCAUUUAUCAUGUGUAUACGGCGUUAAAAAAUAAAAUGAAUCUUCAAACACAAAAACUAAAGUCCCUUUGACAUCCGAACUCCCUUUGACUCCUAUGCUUCUUUUUUCCUCUUUACACCUCCCGAGUUGACAUUUCGUUUUCAUUAAACUCUGUCGCGUUUUCGUUUUCGAGUUUUUAUUAAUCUUUAACACGGCGCGUUGCUGCAGUUCUUCCUAGUAUACGGCGCGACUGUCAAAGGAUCGCAAGUCCUUUUUGAUCCUUUUGUGUAAUAUUUAAUCUAGGACACGCCAAGGCUUUAUAUUAUUUAAUAUCGUUGUUUUCUGAUUCGUAAAACAACUCUUCAGCUUUUGUGCGUGGAGUCGGAGGAGCAUCAAUUUCAGCCGUGACAGUGCUGCGCCAGGGGUGGAGAGAACUUAAAGUGCGAAAGAAAAAGACCCUUUGUCGCAGUCCUUACCGAUGACUUUCAGCAUUCUGUCUCGCCCGCUCAUGUUGACGACACGGUUUUGCCCUCCCUACGUGAAUCUUAAAUAAAUACGAUUUCGCUGUGUUUGUUCAUUUACGUAUUAUGACAAUGUUAGAAGUUUAUAAAUUAUGCUCUAUUACACUACGUGUUUUUCGUGAUCUAUUUCGAAAUGCCUGUAACAGAGGUAGUAAGGAGCGUGACACCAAUAGCUCCAUACCCACGGUUAUGAUGAAUAAUAAUAUACUAAUUGACUCCGCCAGACCAAAAGUUUUACCGGGAGAAGAGUCUGUGCGAUCGUCUGAAGAUAACGCAUGUUUAGGCCAAAAAUAUAAAAACAGUUUUGAAAAUAAAUGUGUAAGAUGUCGCAAAACACAAACCGAAUUAUUAAUGGCUGGUUCCAAAUGCCGCACAUGCAGCAUUCAAGAACAUGCUGGAUGUGGUGCACGCCACGACUACGAACCAGCCGACGGUGAUAGUGGUGAUCGGGGAUCAUUAUCCCCAAAUGAUGGCCAGAACUCUGGGCCCAUGUUAUGGGCCCGUAACUUAGAUAGCUUGUUAGCUGAUCCUAAUGGUGUAAAUCUUUUCCGGCAAAACUUGAAGCUGGAAGAAGAAACUGGACAAGGACAACAAUGCAGCAAGGUUCUUGAGUUUUGGCUAGCAUGUCAAGGGCUCUAUGGUCACACAGACCAAAAAGCUGAUAAGCUACGUUCUAUAAUUUACAAAAAACUGUUCUUAAAAGCAGAUUUAGGCGUAGAUGAAGAAUGUCGGAGGUAUGUCAUGCAGAGGGUUAAAGUAUGCACUGCCAACAAAACAGCUCUUCCUAAAAAUCUGUUUGACGAAGCCCUUGUACAAGUGGAAAAAUUUCUAAAUGAUACAUUGUAUCCGGCAUUCCUACAAUCUGAUACCUACAUCACUUAUAUUCGAUCACUGGAUUGUGGCAUUGAUUUUUAUGAUGGUAAAGUAGUGAACCACAUACCAGACACUGAAGAAAAAGUGGUGCCCUCAAGAUAUCAAGCACCUCCUGAUCGCAGUCAAACUUUGUUAACUCUUAAAGAAGAUGCUGAAUUGUCCAGCAAUGAACUUAAGCAAUCUAAAGACUUUCCCAUGAAAUUAACCCAGUCCCUUUUGCACAUGUCCCAAAAACAACGGUCUCAUCUGGAAAAAGGAGAGUUUUUACAAAGAGCAAAGACUUCAAAAAUGGGCAUCUACAACCCAAACCCUAGUACCCCUUAUCACCAAUCCUGGUGGGGCACAAAACCUAGAGCUACGCAUGUAUCUUACAAUCCAACUUCAGCUCAGGACAGUGAUCUGGCUAGUCUUAGCGAAGCGUCUGUUUCUACAGAUUGUUUAAGGAGGCAAUUGGCUGAGAUUCGUGAUCCAAAAAUAAUAGCCAAAAAAAGUGCUCAAUUAGAAAUGAAAGAAGUGCAGAAAUAUGCUCGUAGGAAUGUUGAGGGUUCAAUGACUGCUACAAUCAUCCCCCGUACAAUGAGAGAACCCCAAUGCAAUAAACCAGCAAUGGAACCAAAGAUGUUUGCUUCUAUACUCACUGAAAAGUUAGAAAAAAUAAAAGUGGAACGUGAUAUUGAAGAGAAAUGGGAUAAUAAAAUGAUCAAAAAUCUUUCAGAGCUGAAGUUCGACAGCGAAUCUGGCAAAAUUGAUGAUCCCAAAAUGUUAGACGAAAUGUUUAGAGCAUCUUUAAAACUACCUGAUGGUAGUGACGAUGAAAUAUUAGAUCAACAUGUACAAAAAUACUUUAAAUCACCUCCUAAAUCACCUGAACAAUUGUUACACAGGCGACAAGGGUCAGGCAAAGUCAACCGGCCUGUUCAGCAAUUUGCCAGUACUUAUUUGGCAGCAGCUAACCCUAAUUUGUCUAAACGCAGAGACAAAGAUAAUCGAGCAUCUGGGUACGACAGUGGUAAUUACACUGACUUUACAGCAGACAGUUCUGAACCGGGACGCCAUGUGCCUAAAAGUCGAUCUAUACCAGAUUAUCAAAAUUGUGUUCCAAAUCCAGAGCUCAGAGUGUCGAGUUUAGGACGUCAUACUUGGGGUAGCCGACGUACAAUGACUGACAGUGGAAUCAGUGUUGUAUCAGGACAAUCGCAAUUGCCUACCAAUGUCAACAAAACAAGAGAGGACAGGUCGACCAAUCGUUGUAUUGUAUGGCUUCAAGAGAGUCCAAUGUGUGCUGGUGAUGCACUUGCCGACUCAGGUCCAGCUUUUAGCUGGUGUACCGCGUCCGCUAAUACCACAACUACAAAAGCCUCUUCCCACGAUUGCGCUGACGUAGAUUGUGGUAGUAGUGGCUCCUGGACAAAUCACAUGCCCAAGCAGCCAUUUGUCGCCGACCCGAAUAUGCCACCACCACCUUUCCCCAAUACAGACAACCAGUUGAUAGAAGCCGGGCGUAGGCUCAACGACCAAAUGACGAAGAAGAAUCACAAACAGAGGACUUCUUCUUCAUCAUCUGGCCGUGGACUGCCUGCAGAAGAAUCAGCUACACCGUCAACGUCUAGUACAAUAACAGCACCCCCAACCACAACUACUGUUAUGUACGAAUACAACGAUGAAAAAUUCCCAUUCAGGAAGAGAAUAUCUGGACAUCCAAUCACAUUAAAACAGUUUAUUGAAUGUAUGCCAAAGAAAGGACAUUACAGGUAUUUCUUUACUACUGAAUUUGAUGAAUCUCCAUCAACCCGCAUCCAAGAAGAAAUCACUGAUGACAAUCAGAUGUUGCCGCUAUGGAAGGGCAAAGUUAUGGCUAGCCUGAGACUUAUCGACUGAUUGAACAAUAUUUAAUUAAUUUAUUAUAUUUUUUAUUAAGUGCCUAGUUUAAGGAACAAAUGACUUGUAUAAUACAUUUUAAAUUUUAAACUGUUAAUUGUUUUUUAAAAUACCUUAAGACUGGAUUUUAGUCCAAAGGUAACAAAAAAAAAAUAAUAAUUAUAAUGUGUAAUGUAAAUCAGUGCCUUAGUUAUAAACCAAACACUAAUCGAUUCCCAAUGACUAGUGUGAAAAAACAAUAAAAGUGUGACAUUGGUAAAAGAAAAAAGACUUAUACGUUUUGUAAGAAAAACAAAUUUUAUUGUGUUUUUUGUUGUUGCAAAAAAAUAAGAAAUGUAUAAAUUUUUUAUAAAAUGAUGUUUUAUUUUUAUAUUCCCUAAUUGAUCCUUUUACAAUGUAAAAACUUAAAAUGUUUUGAUUUUUGUUAUUAGUUGUGAAAAUGUUAAAUGUAAUAUGUCUAUUUGUGACCUACAAUAAAGAAAUACAGAGAUGUAUUAAUAA